GCAGUGUCCCAGGGCACGCUCGCUCGAGCACAAGCAUCUCAUCUGCCGGCGGCGCUCUCUUCUCUUUGCGCUGGUAGUCUUCUUCGGAAACACAGGAGAAGAGGGGAGAGAGGAAGAGAGAGAGAGAGCAAAAUGAUGAGCGGCAAGGCUCUCCUUGUCGCCGUGCUCCUGGUGGGCGUCGCCUCUCGGUGCUCUGCCAGCAGGGGCCUGCAGGGAGAUCACGUCGCUGAGCAGAAGUACGGUGGCGGUGGGUACGGAGGAGGCGGCGGCGGGUACGGCGGGGGAGGCGGUGGCGGUGGGUACGGUGGCGGCGGCGGCGGCGGCGGUGGCGGUGGCGGUGGGUACGGAGGCGGCGGUGGCGGCUACACGCCCGGCUACUCCGGCACCGGAACCUGCGACUACUGGAAGAGCCACCCGGACGCGAUCAUCUCGUGCAUCGGGUCGCUGGGGAGCAUCCUGGGCUCCUUCGGCGACGUGUGCAGCGCCUUCUUCGGGAGCAAGCUGCAGACGCUGCAGGACGCGCUGUGCAACACCCGCACCGACUGCUACGGCGACCUCCUCCGCGAGGGCGCCGCCGCCUACCUCAACUCCAUCGCCGCCAAGAAGUACGCCUACUCCACGCAGCAGGUCAAGGACUGCAUCGCCGUCGCGCUCACCUCCGAGGUCGCCGCCGCCGCGCAGGCCGCCAUGUUCAAGAAGGCCAACUUCGCCUGCCACUACUUAUGAUGAUGAAGCUUCCAUCGUCAGCGUAGUCGUCGUGCUUGUUAAAUAAGUCCGUGUGUGCAUGAUGAUGGAUGCAGGUCCAGACGUGUCUCCCCGGAUCGAGGGGCCUUAUAUUAGUUUCUGCGCGUCGUCUUCACAUGGCCAUGAUGAUGCAUGAUGCCGUGCCGUCUCGUUGUCUGCUUCGUUCUUCAGUAUAGUGAUGCUUCCCUUAUUGUCGUUGUUGCUGAUGUGAGAAAUAAGAUGAGUUGGUUGGUAGUGAAACAUAACGGUGGUUGUUCUUACGAACUGCAUGUGUACUCGCGCUAGCUUGUUUCUGUCAGUGUCAGCACUGGUGGUUGGGAUGUAAUCGUGUACAUGGGAUGUAAUCCACGUCAGGAUUUCCUUAUUUCCUCUCGCAAAAAAAAAAGAUUUCCUUA